UCAAGUACUAUCCCAAAGCUAUCCCAAAUCACCGGGCAACCACAGCAAGCAUCCCUGCUCUGCUCCCGCUCUCUCUCAUCUCACAUGGCGACGGCGGCUGCCAGUCGACCCAGCGGGCCGGUCCUCUCGAUACCCAGCUACCGCUCCGCCUCGCCCACCCGCGUCAAGCUCGCCUCCGGUGGCGCCACCCGCUCUCCGGCCAAGUCCGUCAGCGUCUCGUCUUCUUCCUCCUCGUCCCCUGCCGCCGGCAAGAGCCGUCGGUCCUGCAUGUGCUCCCCGACGAACCACCCGGGCUCGUUUCGCUGCGGCCUCCACAAGGAGCGCAAGCAGGCGGCCCCGACCGGCAACAGCAAGCCCGGCUCCCCGCCGUCCGUCGGCAGCGCCGGCUCGAAAUGCACGGCCAGCGCGCUGGUGCGGCUUGUCCCCAUGGAGAGCGGGCACUGGGCACGCAGGGCGCUCUCGCCGUCCCCCGCGGCUCAGCAGUCGCUGCAGCGGAGGCGCGCGGGCGGGUCCCGCCCCGGGCCGAGCCGGCUCUCCGCCGUGUCCGUGGCCGGCGACAACCAGUAAAAAACCAGCGUCGACAUGCCACAGGAAAAGUAGUGUGCACAGGAGAGAAACUCCCCCUGCCAUUGUUAGAGUUGCGUCGAAUAUAGUGUACAAGGUAGGUUACAAUUGAACUUGUGUAUUGUGUUUAGAUAGGAUAUGGAGUCGUGUCCUAAUAGGACACUUGUAUCAUAGGCCUCUCAUAUAUAGCGGGGGUAGACACACGAUGUAACCUAUGCCAACAUAAUAGCACCUGAACAACUUGUAUCA